UGUAAAAGACAAUUGUCAAAUGGUGAAUAGUAUAGCAGGAGCGGUAUUGAGUAUAUUUUUUAACAAAUAUGUCUUUUUACUUGCCAUUUCUCAACCAUAGGUAAUCACCAUACCUAGUAAUAACCCUUAGCGCAUUCAUAAUCGGCAUUCAUCAUCAAUAAAACGGUAAAAUGGGAUCUAGAGACAAGGACACAAAAUCGCUCCAAGACAAGUUAAAAGUAUUCUUCAAAAAGGGCGCAUCAGCUGCACUACCGGCGCGGAACGAGUUGAUAGUGUCGCCGGAGUUGGAGCGAGAACUGAGCGCCGAAUCGCCACCACACCGACGGUUACGUGCCCUCAAGGAUCUCGGCGACAAAGUACACAACAUCAGAAUACAAGAAGGCGCAGUAAGGAAAUUAUGGAUAUGCACAAGAGAUCUGUUGGACGACACAAACACGGAGGCGCGCCAUGCGGAGCUCACAUUCCUCCGCAUCCUGGUGGAAGGGCAGGCGGACGGGCCCGCAGACGAGCUCACCAUCAUGCGGACCAUCUUCUUCACCUACCUUCAAAAGUCACACGCCAACCACCCGCCAGAGGACUCCCAACUCCGAUUUAGACUGCUCCAUGCUUUAACCAAUACGGGAAAGAAUAUUACGUGUUUUGAAGAACAGAUUGGAUCGUUUCUGCUGGAGUGGCUGCCGCAGUUGCAGACCUCUCCUCUCCUGGUGGAGUUCCUGCAGCUGGUCAUCAACGUCGUCAAGUUCAACGCGGCAUACCUCGAUGAGGACAUCGUACACGGGAUUGUCAACCAGGCGUGCCAUGCGUGCUCGUUCAGCGCGGAGGCGGCCUCAGUGCAGAGCGCGCUGUCGCUGCUGGAGGCGGUGGUGUGCUACUCGCUGCUGCCGAGGGACGCGCUGCCGACCUUCGUGGCGGCGCUCUGCCGCACCGUCAUCCUCGAGCACCACAGCCAGCACAGCUGGAAGCUGAUGCGCAUCGUGCUGGGCGCGGACAUCGGCGCGGCGGCGCUGGCGCGGCUGGCGGCGCUGCUGGGCGCGUCGCGGGAGGCUGGCCUGCUGCAGGGCGCGGUGUUCUACAUCAACACGGCGCUGUGGGGCGCCAGCCGCGUCCACGCGCUCCAAGACUUCUGCCUCGCCGUGCUGCCCGCCUUCCUCAAGGCAUUGAGCAGUAAUCACCAGGUAGUUACAUACGAGGUGGUGGUGGGACUCCAAAGUCUGGUCACGAGGAUGCCGACAGACCUAUCGGAACCGGCCUGGGAUGUUAUACUGAAGAUCAUACGCACCAUCAUAGACCAGGACCGAGCGUUCGACCCGCCAAACGAGCUGAUCCACACGCGGCUGCACGAGCUGAUCACGUCGCUGGAGCAGCUGCAGGACGCCGGCCAGUACCACGGGGACCCGGACGCGCUCCUCGACCUCGUCGACUACUGCGGACUCGAGCGGCCGGAGGCGUCCGUGAUGCGCGUGAUCUCCGCGGGGGGCCGCGCGCGCGCCGAGCGGUACGUGCGGCGCGACCAGCGCGCGGCCGUGCGCCUCCACGCGCUCGCCGCCCUCCUGCGGGCCCGGCCCCCCGACGAGCCCGCCCCCGCCGCGCUCGCCGCCUGCGCUGCCCGCGCCGCCCCGGCGCGCCCCGCCCUGCGCGCCGCCGCCGCCCGCGCGCUGCCCGCCCUCGCGCGCUCGCUGGCGCCCGACCCCUGCACCGACGUGGUGGACCUGCUCGAGAAGAUCCUGAACCGUCCGUUCGAGAUGUUCGUGGCGGACGUGCCGCUGCCGGCGGAGGCGGACGUGAGCGACCUGCGGCUGGCGGCGGCCGGGCUGCUGGAGCUGCUGCACGACAAGCUGCUGGCCGCGCCGGGCGCGCUGGCGGCGCGCUGCUGCCUCGUGCUGCUGGACCACCUCGACCACCACUACCGCCGCCCCGCCGUCUUCAUGCACCACCCCGACAUACGGCUCAAGAUCUUCGACAUGGUGUUCGGUCUGCGCGCGAACGCGUCCAACUGCGUGGGGUUCUGCUACGACGCGAGCGGAGCCCCCGUGUACGGCGCGGCGGCGCUGCGGCUGCGGCCCCGCUGCUCGCCGCACCUGGCCGUGGCCGAGCCCGCGGGCCGCGCGCGGGACGCCCCCGCCGCCCCCGCCGCCGCCCCCGCCGCCCCCGCGCCCGCCCCCGCGCUGCUGCCCGCCGGCCGCGCCGCGCGCGCGCUGUCCGCCGCGCUCACCCGCGAGCACGACUGGCACGUGCUGUCCGCCGUGCUGCGCGCGCUGCCGCCGCUGCUGGCCGCGCGCGGCCUGGCGCUGGGCCGCCGCGCGCAGGACGUCGACCUGCUCGCCUCCACGCUCUGCUCCAUGGUACACCGCAACCUGCACUUUACGGAAGCGCGGCGUCCGCCGCUGACGGAGCUGCACGGCGCUGUGCUGCCGGCGCUGGCCGCGCUAGCUCCGUACCACGCGUUCCUGGAGCCGCACACCCAGCAGCGCAUCGUGCGCUGCCUGCUCAAGUACGGCAUGGUUCUCCGAACGCCGCAACCCUAUAUCAAUGCGCUGACGAUCUUCACGCUCGAGAUGCGCGAGACGAUGGUCAAGAUGCUGCCCGAGGUGCUGCUCGACCUAUCCAAGAUAUCAGACACCAAAGCCAUCGCUAGUCCAAUGCUGGAGUUCCUGUCAACGCUGACACGGCUGCCGAUGGUGUUCGCGUCGUUUGUAGAAGACCAGUACAUGUCAGUGUUCGCGAUACUGCUGCCUUACACGAACCCUUCACGGUACAACCACUACGUGGUCUCGCUCGCGCACCACGUCAUCGCCGCCUGGUUCCUCAAAUGCCGCCUCUCAUACCGGAGGAACUUCGUGCGAUUCAUCAUACACGGUCUUCACAACUACAUAAUAAUGCCGUUCGAGGAGCAGCUGCAGUACAGCAGAGCCAACUUCCAGCCGCCCACCGCCAACGAGGACUCCUCCAAUAGGCAGCGGAGUUCUAGUCUCGGGUCGCGCGUGUCGCGGGGCGGGCGGGCGGCGGGCGGCGCGGGGGGCGUGGGGGGCGGCGGGGGUGCGGCGGCGGGGGGCGCGGGGGCGGGCGCGGCCGGCUCGCCGUCGGCCGCGUUCCACGUGGAGCUGACGGAGGCGUGCGUGGACCUGCUGGCGCGGUACACCUCCUCGCCCUGCAGCGUCAAGCCGCAGCGCUCCGACAUCGCUGACUUCCUGUUCACGGGCGGACAGUCCGCCACGUGGCUGGUGGGGCACAAGCUGGUCACCAUCACCACCGCCGGCUGCCACCAGAACGCCGCCAAGCAGGGACCCUGUGACAGAUGCGUGACGCUGUACCGGCAACACUCAGAGAGCUUGGCGAGCCCGCUGCCGCCACUGACGCCGCUGCCCGCCGCCGCCGCCACGCUCGCCACAGCUGCCACACUCGCCACAUCUGCCACGCUCGCCACAUCCGCCACGCAAGCCACUCCCGACGCCCACGACAACCUCGCCAGUAACGCCGCGGUACAGGUACAAGUAAACGACGGGUCUGGCGAGUGUACGGCGAACUCAAGCGACAAGUUACAAGUGCAGUCACAGAGCAACCCUCCAGAAGUUAAACGCUACAGCAAGUACUCGCUGCAGCACAGCCGCUCCACGGAGACGUCGUGCUCGUCGCUGUCCAUGUCGGACGCGGCGCUGCUGCCGCCGGCCUCCGGACACACCACCAGACAAAACUCGGCUGAGAACAAUAAGCUGACGGAUCCAGUUAUAGAUGUCCUCAACCACUUCUCGCAGCGGUUCGAGAGGAUAUCCAAGGAAAUUGACACGGACACGGACUGGUCGCGCGGCGGCGGCGGGUGCUGCGCGUGCUGGGCGGGCGGCUGGGCCGAGGUGCACGUGCGCACGCCCACCGGAGACGUCUCCUGGGUCAUGCGCGUGCAGAACCAGAUGAGCUGGGAGCAAGUGUCGGAGUCCCCGCUGCAGGAGCUGGCUGCGCUGGUAUCACCCCCCUCUGCGCCCACCUCCUCCGCCUCCUCCGGCCUGGGGGACUCGCGGCUCGAUGUCUCGGACAGCGAGCCGCGGUCGCGCAGCGGGUCUGCGGGCGCCCCCUCGCGCACGUCGGGCCCCCCGGGGGCUGCGGGCCCCGCGCCCCUCGCCCCCCUCGCCCCCCUGCCGCCCCUAGCACCCCUGGCCGGGCCCCGCGCCGCCGCGCCAGACCUCCACAAGUCCAGUUCGGACUCGGUGGUGGCGGGGCGGCGGCUGCCGUCCGCCUCGCACUGCAUCCCGCACCCCCACCACCACAGGCUGGGCACGCAGCCGAUCAACAUCCCCGGGUCGCCGCAGCGGCAGAGCUCCUCCAGCACCACCGACGACGACGACAUGCUGCUCAUUGUACCGGAGGGCAAGUGCCGUCACCCCGUGCGGCGCUCCAACUCCUCCCCGGAGAUGUCGUCGUCGUGGAAGCUGGGCGCGCGGGACUCCGCCCCCCCCGGGGAGCCGCCGCUGGACCCCGACGACAUGAUCCUGCUGCCCAGCUGCGAGCCCGCGAGCACGUCGAUGUCCAUGCACGCGUCGAAAAAGGCGGCGAAGAAAAGCGACAUGCGGGUCUCCUGCGAGGCCAUCCCCGAGGAGAUGUCGGGCACCUCCCCCCUCGCGCCCCACGCGCAGCCCCAACACCAGCCACCACCACCACCACAGCAGCAGCAGCCGCCCCACCAUCCGCACCUUAUGACCUACAACUCCGACCCGGGUACGACUACUACGGCGAGCGACAGCACCGUGUCGGCGAGCAGCAAGCCGCCGGCGGCGCCGCGGGCCGGGACCGGGGCCCCGGGGCCCGGCGCGGCGGCGGCGGGGGUCGCGGGGCCCGGGGCGGCCGCGGGGCCCGCGGGGCCCGGGGGGCCCGCGGACCGGGACGACCUGCCGCCGCUGUCGCGCUCCAAGCGCUCGCACACCAUCUCCGUGAUGAGCCCCACCAGGCGCCGAAUACCAACGUACAAUCUCAGAGGCGCGGGGGGCGCGGCGGGGGGCGGGGGCGGCGUGUCCCCGGCGUUCGUGUUCCUGCAGCUGUACCACAACAUGAGCACGCACCCCAUCACGCCGCCAGUGCCAGGCGAAGCCCCGAGCAGCCUACAUCCACUGGCGGAGCGACCACUGCGGGCGGUGGGCGUGCAGCACGAGCGGACCAUCAAGAACCUCGACCUGGUGCCGCCCCUCGACACUCACAAGGUGGGAGUGCUGUACGUGGGGCCCGGACAACAAGACAACGAAGUUUUAAUAUUAAAGAAUGAAUACGGCAGCGUUAGGUACGCGGAGUUCCUGCCGCAGCUGGGCACGCUGGUGUCCCUGGCGGCGGGCGCGGACAACCCGCACCUGUUCCUCAACCUGGAGAAGGGCGGCAAGGACGGACACUACACCUACGUGUGGCACGACGACAUCAUGCAGGUGUUGUUCCACGUGGCGACCGCGAUGCCGUCGUCCGCGAAGGACCCCACGUGCAACGAGAAGCGGAAAUACAUCGGGAACGACUACGUGUCCAUCGUGUACAAUGACUCGGGCGCGGACUUUAACAUACACACCAUCAAGGGCCAGUUCAACUUCUGCAUCGUGGUGGUGGAGCCGUACGAGCACGGCAUGAACCGCGUGUUCGUGAAGACCAAGGACGAGACCAUCCGCACCAAGUUCCUGCCGCACCUGGACACGCAGUGCGUCUCCGACCAGAACGUGGCGCUCCUCGCCCGACAGAUGGCGCUGCACUGUGCGCUGGCGGCGCAGAUCUCCCGGUCGCUGCGGGACGGCGGCGCGCCGUAUGCUUCCAACUCGCUGGAGCGGCUGCGGCUCAUCAAGAGGCUGCGGCGUCGCCUGCUGCAGGACCGCCUCGCCGCCGCGCGCGUGCAGCCAUACGGCGCGCCCGACCUCGCGCACCGCAUCGCCAUCGACGACUUCAACGACUACACCUAGCCGCGCCCCGCGACUCCCACGCCUGGGGCUCACCCAGCCGCCGCCGCCCCCCCCCUGUCCCCCUGCCCCCCGGACCCUCCUCACUCGAUCCCCGAUGCUCGCACGUCUACUUGACUAUGGUCGGUCGCGACAUGAUCUAACUACGUUUAGAGGAACAUUAUCGAAUGUUUUAAUUUUAAUAGCGACUUAAAUGUAAAAAUUCUCAUCCGCGGCUUUUUAUUGAAUUUCUAUAGAAAUACCUAAAAGGAGUACUUGAAAAGCUCUUUAGGAAUGUGGAUGUUAUAUGAAGAAUCAAUAUUAAUUUAGAUUAAACAGAAAGUUGAUGUCAUGAAGUAAUGUUGAAACUGAUACAGUUUACGUCAGUCGUGUAAUAUUGAAGAAUAACACUAAGAACAAUCAAUAUACUUACCAUACAACUUAAUCAAGACCUCGUUUUUAUUCACAAUCCAAGUGAAGUUGCCAUGCACUUACCUUACAGUAAGAAACUGGCAACACCGACCUCAAUUGUAAAUAAACCGCUAGCAAAAAUACCAAACAAUCUACAAAUAAAUCUAUACGAUAUGUUAUUUUUUAAUAUUACACGAAUGCGACGAAUCUGAAAUAUAUUGAACAUCCUAAUAUUGUUCUAAAAGUCUAUGUGGUGUAUCGGGUUAGAACUGAAUAGUUGAAUUUUCGACUUGGAUCUCCGUUGAAGAGGCAGCGGGCCGUGUGUAUAUAGGUUUAUGUGCGGUCGCGGCCGUAGCUCCGACAUAUAUAUACAUAUAUAUAUAUAA